AGGUUUUAUUGCUUUCUUAGAUGAAGUUAUCUUCUUGCCUCAAAACUCUUGCUCGUUUUAUUGCCUAAAAAUCAUUUUUCCCUUAAGGUUGCCUUGAAUCCUUUUGUCAUUGCCUAAACUUGUUUUUCCAUUGAGAUGGCUUUUGCAUCUCUUCUUUCGCUUACUCAAGUACUUGAGCAGAUCCUGCAUCCUCAUGAUCGAUCUCUAUCCCUUCAUCAAACAGAUCAACAGACCAUAAGAUCUCUCCAUGAAAAGUUUAGCCUUUUGCUAUCAUUUCUGGAAGAUUCUUCAUAUAAAAAUAGUGAAACAAUUAGAAGUUUGGAAGAAAGAAUUAGAGAUGUGACAUAUGAAGCCGAAGUUAUAAUUGAAACCCAAAUGUUGAAUCAGAUUCUCUUACAAUCUGGAUGUCGUGAAGACAUAACUGAAUUCAAUAUGUCGAAUCAGAUCGUAUGGAAAUGGGAGCAGAAACAUGAAGGCUUGCAAAAGGUACUAGAAGAACUCCAUUCCGUUUCCGAAGAGAUGAAGAAGAUGAAGGACGGGAACGACAUAAAAGAUCUGCCACCUAGGAACUCUUUACCUGCUGGUUCUUCACAAGAUAGUUCCAGUAACAAGAGUUCUAUGGUGGGAUAUAAUGACUACUUGAUGGAAAUUAUGGAACGGUUGACUCAGCCACCUCUUAAACGAGAAAUCAUCCCAAUUGUUGGGAUGGGUGGCAUUGGCAAGACUACACUAGCAAGAAAUGUUUAUGAUGACUUGCGUAUUGUCGAUUACUUCGACACUCGUGCCUGGAUAACGGUAUCUCAAGGAUAUCAAGUGAUAGAUAUGAUCACAGGCCUCCUAAAAUCCAUAAAGCAUGCCGCUCAUGAAUUAUAUCAAGAGGACAUUGGAAAAUUAUACCAACUCCUGCACAAAAGUUUGAAGGGCAAUAGAUAUCUCAUCGUAAUGGACGAUGUGUGGGAUAUCAAGGCCUGGGAGGACGUCAAAAGAGUCUUUCCAGAUGACGAUAAUGGAAGCCGAAUAAUUUUCACUACCCGGCAAUCGAUUGUGGCACGUCAAGUCCAGUCCUCUGGCCAUAUUCAGCAUCUGAAAGGUCUAGAUGUCCAAGAAAGUUGGAUUCUGCUGCGCGAGAAGGCUUUUGGUAAAGAAAAUUGUCCUCCUCAACUCGAGAAAAUUGGAACCGAGAUUGCAAAGAACUGCAAGGGACUCCCACUUUCUCUUGUUGUGAUUGGUGGUCUCCUCUACAAAGCCGAGAGAACAGAAGAUUACUGGAAUUAUGUUUCAGAAAAUUUAUACUCUGCAGUAAGUAAAGCUUCUCAUCAUGAGUAUUUGGAGAUAUUAUCUUUGAGUUAUAACCACUUGCCUCAUUAUUCGAGAGCAUGUUUUCUUUAUAUGAGUGUUCUCCCUGAAGAUUAUGUGAUCCGUAAAUCCAAACUCACCAAGUUAUGGGUUGCGAAUGGAUUUAUAAAGCCAGAUAAAUCGAAAAGCUUGGAAGAGUUGGCAGAGGAGUAUCUAAAAGAUCUUACUGAUAGAAAUCUGAUUAUGGUUCACGAGAGGGUUUAUAGUGAUGAAAUCAAAAGCUGCAGCAUCCAUGACCUCCUGAGAGAACUCUGCGUUAUUAAAGCUAAGGAGGAGAAGUUUCUACAAGUUUUGAAGUUGGAAAAUGAUCAUUUUCCAGAAGUCACAGAUAAUCUGCAUCACGUAAGUAUUCAUACAAAUUUCAAGGAUCAAAGCACAAGAUUUUCCCUUGCUCAAGAUUGUGACUCGCCCAUCCGUUCUGUUAUAUUCUUUUGUCGAAAUAACCCAAAUCAUCUAUCACUGCACUUCAUCACAAGUUUUCGGUUGCUGAAGGUAUUGGAUGCACUCACUAUAAGGUUUGAUGAGUUCCCAAUUGAAAUAGUCGAACUAUUCAAUUUGAGGUAUAUUGCUUUGACCUACUGGAUAAAACACAGCUUUCCUGCAUCAAUAUCCAAACUUUUCAAUCUUGAGACUCUAAUUGUUAAUCCAGGGAAAUUUAAAGAAGUCUUUAAUACAUCGUUCUUACCACUGGAAAUCUGGAAAAUGCCAAGAUUAAGGCAUUUGUUGUUUGUCCGAGCUUUCUUUCCUUAUCCUACUGAUGCAUUAAACGGGGGAAAUUUUGUUCCCUUGCAAAACCUACAAACACUUAGCAACGUGAUAAAUUUCAGAUGGACAAAGGAGGUCCUUCAAAUGCUGCCCAACCUAAAGAAAUUGGUCAUUUCGUACGAGCAUGAUGGGCGAACUGAGUGGUCAUCCUACUGUUUUGACAAUUUUAUCUAUCUGCAUCGACUUGAAGUUUUGAAAUGCUACUUCUUUGCCAAGUCUUAUUUAAAAUAUCAGGAUCCUCUACCAGUGAACUUCGCUUUCCCACCACAACUCAAGAAGUUAACUUUGAGUGGCUGCAGAAUAUCUUGGGAAAGUAUGACAAUUAUUGGUUCGCUUCCCAAACUUGAAGUUCUCAAACUGAAAGACCAUGCCUUCGAAGGCCCUGUGUGGGAACCAAUUGAAGGGGAAUUUAGCCAAUUGAAAUUUCUACUUCUAGAGGAGACUGAUCUGGAGCAAUGGAAUGCCGAUAAACCACACUUUCCAAUCCUGAAACGCCUACAUCUUAGGUACUGCUACAACCUGUUGGAGAUCCCUUCUGGAUUUGAAAAUAUUCCAACUUUUCAAGCAAUCGAGUUGUGCGAAUGUUCAUCGUCAGUUGUGGCUUCAGCAAAGUCCAUACAGGAAAUGCAAAAGGACUGUGGGAACGAAAAAUUUCAGGUAGUGGUGAAAGACGAGGAGAGCAAUGUUUGAAGCUAUCAAAAGGGAAAUGAGAAAAGUAUAGUUUCAAGGUAAUACCAAAAGAGUUAUAUUGUACCCC